AUGAUUUUUUUUAAUCAAAUGAGCAACUGACUGGCUCUCUUCUUAAUCUCCACAUAUGUGUCAAGAGAAGCUUACCCUCUUUUGAACCCAAGUCAUGAGUUGGAUGUUCCUCAGAGACCUAACUGGAGUAAACAAAUACUCAACUGGGAUUGGGCAGAUUUGGUUGGCUGUUGUGUUCAUCUUCCGUUUGCUGGUCUACAUGGUGGCAGCAGAACAUGUGUGGAAAGACGAGCAGAAAGAGUUUGAGUGCAACGUUAAACAGCCUGGUUGUGAAAAUGUGUGUUUUGAUCACUUCUUCCCCAUCUCCCAGAUCAGACUUUGGGCCUUACAACUGAUCAUGGUCUCCACGCCUUCACUUCUGGUGUUUCUACAUGUAGCCUAUCGUGAGGGUAGAGAGCAAAGGCACAGAAAGAAACUGUAUGUCAGCCCAGGUAUGACGGAUGGGGGCCUGUGGUACACUUACCUCAUCAGCCUUGUUGUUAAAACUGGUUUUGAAAUUGGCUUCCUGGCUUUAUUUUACAAACUGUAUGAUGGCUUUAGUGUUCCCUACCUUAUGAAGUGUGAUUUGAAGCCUUGUCCCAACACUGUGGACUGCUUCAUCUCCAAACCCACCGAGAAAACAAUCUUCAUACUCUUCUUGGUUAUUACCUCAUGCCUGUGCAUUGUGUUGAAUUUCAUUGAACUGAGCUUUCUGGUUCUCAAAUGCCUUAUUAAGUGCUGUCUCCAAAAAUACUCUCAAAGACUCAAGUCCUCAGCACAGGAGUGCCACAACCUCAGAUAUGUUGAAUGUGGUGAGAUAGGGGCUCCUCCCCUACUCCAGAAUCGCCAUUCAGAUUUGGCCAUAAGCUCACCCCAGCGAGGUGAAACAAAACUGCUUUUUGACACACAAGAGGGUUAA